UCACUGCUCCCUCCCCACCUCCACCUCCACCCCGCCAUUGCCCGCACCUCUGCCCUCCUCCUCCUCCUCCCAAUGGCCCCCCGCCGCUCCCGUUAAGCCGUCUUACCUUAGCGCUGCAAGAGAAGCAGAUCACUCGGAGCUCUUCUUCUUCUUCCUCCUGCUGCUGCUGUGGCGCGGCGAUGAGGUGAGUGAGCAGAGCUUGCCCGGGAGGGGGAUCGAUGCCCACGCAGCAGCUCACGACAUUCCAGCUGCUCCCGCCCGCCCACGCGCACGGCGACCGGCGACAGUACCAGUUCCAGGACCAGCAGCAGCUCGCCUGCGGCAGCGGAGGAGGAGGCCUGUGGGACCCCGCGUCGGUGCUCGACCGCCGGGCCAGCCCCGCCGCGCAUCCCACGCUGUCUUCCCCCUCGCCCCUGCCCGCCGGCGUGGCGGCCCUCGCCAAGAACGUCUCCGCGGCCCCGCCGGCGCAGGCAUGGCCGCCCCCGCCGGGCCCCGGGGCGAACGACGACGACGCCAAGGACGACUGGGUCCACCACCUGCCGCCCCUCGACAUGGCCGGCUGGGGCGACCCGCACGCCGCCGCGAUGCAGGAGCCGCACCCGCCGCCCUCCUCGCAGGACAGCACCUUCCUCCGCUGGAUCAUCGGCGGCGGGGACGACGACGACGACGACGACUCCGGGGCCGCCAUGGACGGCGCUGACCCCCCGGAUCUUGACCUCGACCGCAUCACCAUGCUCCCCCGCCACCCGCCUUCGCUCAUGGGGGGCACGGGCCACGGCCUCCCGUUCACGCUCGCCGGCGAGGACACCAAGCAGCAGUUCCGCCCCUCGCCGGGCGCCGCCCUGCAUCAGCAGCAGCACCACCUGCCGCACGCGUUCCACGGCGGCGCGUUCCCUUCCUUCGACCCGGCGAAGCGGCAGCAGCAGCAGCAGCACCCGAUGGCCGGCGCGGCGCCGCCCAAGCUGCCCCCCUUCGCCGGCCACGGCGCUGCGGCCGCCCUGAAGCCCAAGGCGGAGGCGCCGGCCGACGACGGCGCGGCCGCGGCGGCGGUGGACCAGCUCACCGAGGCGGCCAGGCUCGUCGAGGCCGGCGACGCCUACGGCGCGCGCGAGAUAUUGGCACGGCUCAAUCACCGGCUCCCCGCCGCCCCCGCGGCCGGGACGCCACUGCUCCGCUCCGCCUUCUACUUCAAGGAGGCUCUCAGCGUUGCCCUGGACACCACCGGCGCCCACGCCUCCUCGGCGGCCGUGGCGUCCACCCCCGUCGACGUCCUCCUCAAGCUCGGCGCCUACAAGGCCUUCUCCGAGCUCUCCCCAGUGCUCCAGUUCGCGCACUUCACCUGCGUCCAGGCCGUGCUCGACGAGCUCGGCGGCGCCGGCUGCAUCCACGUGCUCGACUUCGACAUCGGGGUCGGCGAGCAGUGGGCGUCGCUGAUGCAGGAGCUGGCGCAGCGCCGCCCCGGCGCCGCGCUCAAGGUCACCGCAUUGGUGCUGCCGUCGACGCACCACCCGCUCGAGCUGCAGCUCAUCCACGAGAACCUCGCCAACUUCGCCGCCGAGCUCGGGGUCCCCUUCCAGUUCGUCGUGUUCAACCUCGACUCCGUCGACCCCACGGAGCUCCUCGCCAUUGCCGGCGGCGACGCCAUCGCCGUGCACCUUCCCGUCGGCUCAGUUCACGCCGCCGCGGUGCCAUCGGUCCUUCACCUGGUCAGGCGGCUCGGCGCCAAGCUUGUCAUCUCGGUCGACCGCAGUGGUGACCGCGGUGAGCUGCCGUUCGCGGCGCACUUGCUCCAGGCAUUCCAGUCCUGCGCGUUCCUGCUCGAGUCCCUGGACGCCGUGGGCACCGAACCCGAUGUCGCGAGCAAGAUCGAGCGCUUCCUGAUCCAGCCAAAGAUCGAGAGCUGCGUGAUCAGGAGGCACCAGGCCGCGGCCGCCGGCGACAAGCUGCUGCCAUGGCGGACAAUGUUCACCUCGGCCGGGUUCGUGCCGGUGCACAUAAGCAACUUCGCCGAGGCGCAGGCCGAUUCACUCCUGAAGAAGGUGCCGGUGAGGGGCUUCCACGUGGAGAAGCGCGCCGGAUCGCUGGUCCUGCAUUGGCAGCGCGCCGAGCUGGUGUCGGUGUCGGCAUGGAGAUGCUGAAGGAGCUGCCAUGAUGAACACAAGUCGGUAGGUUAGUUAGGACUAAUGAUCCUAACAAAUAUUUCUGCUGCGACGAUCAAAUUACUCGUUAAGCAUUUCGCCGCCACCUUGAUGGAUGUUCUGCUGAUCAUGUCACUUGUUUUGAGUAGAUUGUUUGGCAGACUGCAAGGUCUGGUACAGUAUCAAUGUAUUUUAGUACUCAUGUUACUAUUUUCAUGUGGAAUCAAUAUGGUUAUGGUGUUUCAAAUGUUC